UCGUGUGACAGCUGUCAAAAUUGAGCGGUUUCUUUAAUUUUGAUUGCCGUGUAUAUUUCGUAAUCCGACAAUGGGAAUAAAUGUUCUUGAUUGAUUGAGUCAUUGAGCGCGAUCGCUUGGACGAAGAAAGUUAACCUCCGAAGAAAAGGUGCUUUAGGAUGCGUCAUGGAAACCCGCACACUCGCGAUCGAAAGGAGAAAGAGGUUCGGAGGUCUUCUUGGCGUAGGCGAGAAAUUGAGUGUCGUUCAGGGCUGGAGAGCAGUGCGAUCUGUCGUUGCCCAGGAAGUCGCCGGAGAGGAUUAUAUUCCGAUUCCGUACCUUCUGGACGCGAGCGCCUACAAGAUUGGUCAUAUUUUUGUGAGAUACGUGAGGGAGGUUGGUUGUCUGGGAAUGAUCCGAACACCGUUUUUCAAGAUCCUCGGUCCCAUUGGAAAUUUUGUUAAUGUAUCGGAAAGCAACGCCAGUUGGAACGAGAAGAGUCUUCCGGCCAUCAAGAGCACAGCCGAUCACGUGCACUUCAAGGUUAGGGUUCACCAAGGAAAUGGAAAAAGUUCUGAGGAGAUCAUCUUCAAGGGCGAAGAUUUUUGGUACCUCGAGAUGCCGGAAGGGAUGAUCACGAAAAAUAAUCUACGGAUCGAUCGAUCGUCUCAUCAAGAUUUGGCCAGUGUUGCAUCCUUCGGACUGAUCAGGAACGUCCUUGUCGCUCGAGCCUUCGAGAUCGAGAUCAAUUCGAAAAGAUCCUCGAGGCUGCUGCGAGUAGCCAACGAGCCGCAUACUCUUCUCUUCAAGUACGAAAUCUGCAAUAUGAACGUCGAUGGACGCGUUAUAAACUCGAGGACGCCUGGGAGAUCAUCUCGGCGACUUACUUGGCAAUCGCUUCAAUCGAGGGACGACGCCGAGAGGCUCCCACUUACCGAGCUCCAUCUAACCGACUAGCCAACUAGCCAGCUGACCAGCCAUCUAGCCAAUCAGUCAACGUGUUACUCCAA